AUGAAGGAGCAAACCAAAACCGUUUUGCACUCAUUCAGUGAGAUUCGCCCGCAUCUCUAUCUAGCCGGAUAUGGUUGUAUCACUGCGCCGAUAGUUAGUUUCCUUUUUUGAUCAUACCCGUUUUAAAGCCCUUAUGGCUUGUCUGCCGUUUCUGAUAACUUGAAAAUUGCGAAUCCUCGAACUUUGAGCAAGGAAAAAAGAGGAAAAUUGUCAAUCAAUUAUUAAAGUAGCAGAAAAAGAGCGCUCGCGUCUCAAUUUGGCAAUGUUCCAUAUUUUGAUCUUUGACGAGAUUUCAGACACUUGCACUUGAAAAGGAAAGUUCCAGACCUUUUCCAUAGAUUUUCUAUAUUUUAGUCUUUUCAUAUCGAUCUCUCAGCCGUCAUUUUAUGAUUUGUUUUGCUUUUUCCAAAAAAUGUGCGGAUCAAAAUUUUCAGACCUUUCCGCCAGUAUUCCGCAGUUUUUCUGCUCAUUUGUCAAAAAAUUCAGAAUCCAGAAUAAAUCAUUUUGCCUGUAAAGCUUGGUAUUUUUCAUUCGCGAUUAGCAGAUUAGUUAAAGAAUUUAAAAAUUAAAGGGAUUUUCUGCAUUCGAAAAUUGGAAAAAGGAAGAAAAAGCGAGUUAAAAAAGAUAAUUCAAGCAGAAUACAUAUAUUUUUUUGCACCUUCACAAUGAUAUUCUAAUUUGAAAAAUUUUUGAAUAAAUGUAGGAAUUUUUCCAGCCAUUCCCUAGGAUAUUUUACGAAGCUGAAAUCUCUGUUUCAGUUGAAAAAAUACGAAAUCACCCAUGCUGUCGAUGCGACAAAUAUAAGGCCAAAGUCGUUUCCAGGAAUCACUCGAAUGGAAGUUUGUAAAUUUCCAAAUUCCAUUGAAAUUUGAGGUUAUUGUAGGUUGCUGUCGAUGAUUCCUGCCUCGCGAAAGUUUCCAAGUUUUUUUACGAUGUUCAGAAGUUCAUUGACGAUGCCAAGGCUCAGGUUUUUUUUUGUUUUGGUAUUAUAUUUUCAAAUUGAAUAUCCAUCAGGGAGGAAAAAUAGUGAUUUACUGCGCUGCUGGUGUCAGCCGCAGCUCUACAUUGGCUAUUAUGUAUCUGGUGAUGUCGGAAAAUCUCUCACUCGAACAAGCUUACUAUGAAGUGAACAGGGUUUCCAUUUUCAAAAGAAAUCGAGAGAAAUUUAAAUGUUCCAGGUCCGUCCAAUAAUUUCGCCAAACAUCGGAUUCUGGAGACAAAUGAUCGACUGGGAGACCACGAAUCGUGGCGAAGCAACUGUCAAAUUGAUCACCGGAAGAACUGCUCGGCCUUAUCCCAACGUUUACUUGCAUAGGUCGUUGGCGGAAAGUACCUAGAGGUCACAUAAUCUAAUUAAUAAUCCAGAAACCUUGAAAUAAAAUUGAACAUAUUUCAUAUAAUGUCAAUAUUGUAUAAAUGUGAAGAUAAUAAAUAAUUUCUAAUUGCUGAAGAAUAUAUGAAGACAGUUUUUUUUUGGGUAACCGGGAGAGAUGGUUUUUUUCAAAUUUGGAGAAACAUUUUUGAGGUUACUGGAAGCUGCCCACACUAAAGUAUCGUGAUAAGAUCAAGAAAAAAACAAAUUGCUUUAAAAAAAGUUUUACUUUCUCAAUAUUUCUUCUUCAAUUCGUAGGGCCUUCUUAGUGGGGAAUUUUCAGAAAAACGUGAGUUUACUACUUCGGGAAUAGAAUAUUCUUUUUUUCGAGUUUUAUCAAAUUUUAGCCGAUGAAACAAAUGAAUUUAUUUCAUUUUAUUUAUGAGAAUCAAUGAAAAAAACCAACACUAUUCUAAAAAUUCAGGUCUUCAGAAAUAAUUUCAUAUUUCAUUAAAUAUAUCAGAAUUUUCAAAUGGUACCGUCUUUGGGUUAAGAGAAAUAAGGAAUGGUUCAAUUUCUUCCAAGAACAUCGGAGGCCACCCACGUCGAACUGGAGUUUGGCAAAUACGAUCGAGAAUUGUGUGCGGUGAGCCGCUUUUGACCCGCCAAGCGAUCGUCCGGGUGCCGACUUGAAAAAAAGCUGACAAGCGACUUCUCUUUGUCUCCUUGGGGCGACUCGCGCCGAAAUUAAUCGCCAACAAUGUCGUCGAUAUUGGAAUCCAAAAAUUGACACACGGGCCGGAGUCCGGAAGUGAGCUUGAUCCGAUGGCCAUAUAAAAGGGAGAUCACCGCUCCGGGCCACAUAUCCCACUCCGACCUUCGAAAUCUCGAGCUCAAUGAAAACUUUUAUUUUCUCCUCACUCUUCCUGGUCGCUGCUGCCACCUCCACCAACGAGGUUCUAUUUUAUUUAUUUAUUUUUUUAUCUUAUAUCUCUGCAUUUUAAUGUUGUUUUAAACCUUUUCUGGUACUUUUAGACAUCUUCUGAUUCUUCUGUAGCCGUGCGCAGAUGGAAGCGCCACUGUGGAAGUCAGGUAACCACUAAUAUUUUCAUCAAAAAGACAAAUAUUGUUUUUCUCUUGAAAUUUAGAUGUUUUGGAUUGCUGGCUUUUUGCAUGAUAUAACUAUUUUUGUUAAUUGAAGAGUCUUCAAAUUUAAAACCUCGAAUGAAGAAAAAAAUUUCACACACUUUGUCUAUUUCGCAUGUUUUUACAGUUUUCACAGAAGCCUACUUCAUUCAGUCAAAUCAAAAAUCUUGCAAGUGUAGCAAAAAAAUCAAAAAGCAUUUCCAACAUCAAAGUUUCGUGAUUUGAAAUGAAUUUAUCAAAGCUUUUUAAAAACUUAAAUGAUUUUCCUGUUUCACAAUUCUUCUUCUCACAGGGCUGCGCUCCAGUUGUCUGCAACGAAUGUCCGAACUGCUGCAGUGUUCUACCGCCACCAUCUCCCGUUGUAAGUCUUGAAUUUGUGAGUUACUCUGUCUGCUCUGACUUUUUUCCGAGUAUUUUCGAAAACCUGAGAAUUCACUCAUUUUCGGUCAAUGUGAACUUCCAGUCUUGCUGCGAUUCGCCAAGACCUUCUCCAGUCUGCUGUCAGUUGCCUCCUCCACCACCGCCACAGCCAUGCUGUCUGCCACCGCCACCACCUCCGUCUCCAAUCGUCUGCUGCAAGGCUGCCCCAGUUCCUGAGAACCCUUGCUGCCAGGCUGUUGUGAGUUUUGAAUCAAUAAGCUCAAUUUUUGAUGUUUUGAAAAAAAUCAUCUGAUAUUUCAUUGAUAAUCUUUUUAAGCUUUGAUAAAAAAAACCAGGAAAAAGUCAAGAAAAAAGGUGAACUUCAAAAUUAGUUGGUACUGUCUUUCCAAAAAGAACUCUCCAGAAGAUCUUUCCAAAUUGAGGCAUUUUUUAGGUCGCGGCGCCGCCAGCUGCUCCGGCGUGCUGCAUGGCCUCUCCUUCGCCGGCGAACCCUUGCUGCCAGCCGGUCAGUCCUCCUCCACCUCCGCCACCGGUCUGCCAAUGCGCCAUGCCUCGCCCGACGCCAUGCAGAUGUGCCGCUCCUCAGAUCGACUGUAACGGAUGCAACAUUCCACCACCAAGGUGACUUUACUGCUUCAAAGCUCUUUAAAAACUCUUUUCUAGAUGCCCACCAUUCAAGAUCACUUGCCGUGUUCAAAUGCGAAUGCGCCGCGAUGUUCAUCAUGCUCUUCUGUCUCAAUUCAACUAUUAUUAA